CCGGCCCCGACCUAGACGCCGGCAGCGCCUGGACUCGCCGCCGCCGCGGGACUCUGACAGCCCCGCAGCCCCGCAGCGCUACGGCUCCUCCUCCUCUCAAGACCGCCCUCCGCAGCGAUGGACGGAGACGGUGAACCAGAGAGCAUGGGCCAGCCAGAGGAGGUGAGCCCGGAGGGGCAGCAGGAGGAGGCGGGCGCGCAGGAGGCGAGCGCCGGGGAGGAGCGGCCCGAGGAGGAGGAGGAGGAGGAGGAGGAGGAAGAAGAGGAGGAGGCGGCGGCGGCGGCGGCGGCGGAGGCGGCCGCGUACCUGGCCGAGCUGCCGGAGCCGCUGCUGCUGCGCGUGCUGGCCGAGCUGCCCGCCGCCCAGCUGGUGCAGGCCUGCCGCCUGGUGUGCCUGCGCUGGAAGGAGCUGGUGGACGGCGCCCCUCUCUGGCUGCUCAAAUGCCAGCAGGAGGGGCUGGUGCCCGAGGGCGGCGCCGAGGACGAGCGCGACCACUGGCAGCAGUUCUACUUCCUGAGCAAGCGGCGGCGCAACCUGCUGCGCAAUCCGUGCGGGGAAGAGGACCUGGAGGGCUGGUGCGAUGUGGAGCACGGUGGGGACGGCUGGAGGGUGGAGGACCUGCCCGGAGACUGUGGGGUGGAAUUCAUCCACGAUGAGAGCGUCAAGAAGUACUUCGCCUCCUCCUUUGAGUGGUGUCGCAAAGCUCAGGUCGUUGACCUGCAGGCCGAGGGCUACUGGGAGGAGCUGCUGGACACCACUCAGCCGGCCAUCGUGGCGAAGGACUGGUACUCGGGCCGCGGCGACGCCGGCUGCCUGUACGAGCUCACCGUGAAGCUGUUGUCGGAGCACGAGGACGUGCUGGCCGAGUUCAGCAGCGGGCAGGUGGCCGUGCCCCCAGACAGCGACGAUGGGGGCUGGAUGCAGAUCUCGCACACCUUCACCGACUAUGGGCCCGGCGUCCGCUUUGUCCGCUUCGAGCACGGGGGUCAGGACUCCGUCUACUGGAAGGGCUGGUUCGGGGCCCGGGUGACCAACAGCAGCGUGUGGGUGGAGCCUUGAGUGACCCCCCCCCCUUCUCCAACCUCAGCCGCCUUGGAGGGGCAGAGGUCUGGGGUACAUAGGUCUUAGUAGUUAGCAUCCUCACCUUUCCCAUCCUCACCCCCCACUCCUCUCCUGCCCCAUACUCCAAGCCCAGCCCCCACACUGGGAAGGAGGGGUUGUGUUGGCAUAUAUUUGCAUCUGGAAAAUGAGAUGGGUGAGGGUAUGGGCCUGGGCUGGGCCCACCGCUGAACCCCCUGCCCCUACUACAGUGCCUGCCACAAAGUGGGCGCUUAAUAAAACUAUUUGUCCAAGGAAGGAAUGAAUGAA